UAAUUUAUGAGCAUAUUUUUUAUUAUUGUUUUUCCAGUAUAAUAAUUAAAAGAAGUAAAUUAUGAAUAAUUCAAAAAUAAAGAAAAUCCGCAUACCAGUUGAACUUCAGCAACUAAACAAAUCGCAUCAGGAACAUGGCAUAACCUGCACAACUUUGCCGGGUAAUUCUGAUGAUUAUACUUCUCUAGAAGCCUAUAUACCCGGCCCUAAAGGUUCACCUUACGAAGAUGGAACAUUUAAACUUGCUAUAAAUUUCGGUGAACAAUAUCCAUUUCGACCGCCAACCUUUAAAUUUGUUACUCCUGUUUAUCAUCCUAACAUAGACAAUUCGGGCAAAAUUUGUUUGGAUCUUUUACGUAUGCCUCCCACUGGUUCAUAUAAUCCAGCUAUAACUUUGGAGUCCAUAUUGUUAUCGAUACAACUUUUAUUGGCCAAUCCGAAUCCUGAUGAUCCCCUACAAGGCGAUGCUGCUGAUUUAUUUAAAUCCAAUAAAGAGCUAUUUAACCAGAAAGCAAAAGAGCUCGUUAGAAAACAUUGUCAGCAGGAAGUGAGUGAAGUGGUUGAUAAUAAUGAUGUUAAGGAAAACGAUGUACCUUCAAAGAAUGAAAUGAAAAAGAAAAAGCUAAAUCUCAGUUGUAAAUAAAGAAUUGAAUAAUAUUAAA